UGUUUUGUGAAUGAAAUUGUAUCUUGCCAGACACUGCAUCUUCAGUACUUCAAGAAGCACCUGUGUGUCUUGAACAACAACUAAUACUGCAAAAGUGGAACAUUACCAGGUUAUCUUGCCAGACACUGUAUCUUCAGUACUUCAAGAAGGGCAACACCUGUCUUUCUUGUGAAUUUCUAACUAGCCAAGUUUUACUAAUUAAACAAUUUUACUUUCGAUGUUGGGAAUUCUAUCUAAACACUACAUGGCAGUUCACAGAAAAAUACAAGUUAGCAAUAAUGUAGUUAAGAAUUUUCAGAAAAAUUGGUGAUUAAACACAUGAUAAUAAUAAUAAUGCUCUUCAGUAUAUCUGUAGUGUUCUAGUUCAUAUAUUAGUCUUUUAACACACAAAAAAUAAACUUUAUUAGUGCUCAUAUUUAGAAAUGGUUUUGCCUAAAAAAAAUCUUAACAUUGAAUGUAUUCAUGAGGGAAACUGCUGAAUGAUUAAAAUAUUUUAAAAUGAAAUGCCUUCUUUUAAAAAAACUUAAAAAACUUAAAGGAGAUAAACAAUAUCAGUGUUCAGAAUGUAUGAAAUAUUUUAGUCAAAAAUGCCAUAUUGUGACACACAUGCGAAUACAUACAGGAGAUAAACCAUAUAAGUGUUCCGAGUGUCUGAAAUAUUUCAGAGAAAAAGGCAAUCUUGUGACACAUAUGCGAGUACAUACAGGAGAUAAACCAUUUCAGUGUUCAGAGUGUCUGAAAUGUUUUAGUCUAAAAGGCAGUCUUGUGAAACAUGCUAGAGUACAUACAGGAGAUAAACCAUAUCAGUGUUCAGAAUGUCUGAAAUAUUUUAGUCAAAAAUGCCAUCUUGUGACACACAUGCGAAUACAUACAGGAGACAAACCAUAUCAGUGUUCCAAGUGCGUAAAAUAUUUUAGAGAAAAGGGCAGUCUUGUGACGCAUAUGCGAGCACAUACAGGUGAUAAACCAUUUCAGUGUUCAGAGUGUCUGAAAUGUUUUAGUCUAAAAGGCAGUCUUGUGAGACAUUCACAGGUACAUAGAGGAAACAAACCAUAUCAGUGUUCAGAGUGUCUGAAAUAUUUAAGUGAAAAAGGCAGUCUUGUGAGACAUAUGAGGGUACAUACAGGUGAUAAACAAUUUCAGUGUUCAGAGUGUUUAAAAUGUUUUAGCCGAAAAAGCAGUCUUGUGACACACAUGCAUGUACAUACAGGAAAUAAACCAUACCAGUGUACAGAAUGUCUGAAAUAUUUUAGUGAAAAAGGCAGUCUUGUGAGACAUAUGAAGGUACAUACAGGAGAAAAACCAUUUCAGUGUUCAGAGUGCCUUGAAUGUUUUACUCAAAAAAAUAAUCUUCUGACACAUUUGCGAAUACAUACAGGAGAUAAGCCAUUUCAGUGUUCAAAGUGUUUGAAAUGUUUUAGUGUAAAAAGCAGUCUUGUGAAACAUAUGCAAGUGCAUAUAGGAGAAAAAACAUGUUAGUGUUUAAUGUAUCAGGAAUAUUUUGGUUAUGAACAAAUGAGAAUAUAUAUAAUGAAUAUACAGUACCAUUGUUCAGAGUGAAAGAUGUUAAUGAAAUGUAAAUCAUAUAAGAAGUUCACAGAGGAGAUACGUUCUAUUAAUGUUCAGAAUAUCUUAUAGAUUUUCUUGCAAAAAGAACAGUAUUGUGUUUUCAUGAGAGCUAAUAUAAACAA